CGAUAGAAAAAAGGGUCGAGAGACAAAGACAGGUAGAGAAAAAAACAGAGUGUGACGCAUUUGGCGACGCGUGUCUAGUCGUUUAUUGUCACGAGUCAUCAUCGGUGAUAUAUCGCGACGCGUCCGAAACGCUUUACAGGUUCAGACGGACGCGUAAUAAUUAUAUCGCUCGCGGUCGCGGAAUUGUUCGGGAGUCGCGUCGGCCAUUUUGCCAGCCGUGAAGAAACUAUGGCCAUCUGACAGUACACGCCAAUUCCUCCGACAACGCGUUUCGCACGGCAAAACAACAACGCAGUUGACCCAGGAACUCGUGUUUACGUCGCGAGCGGGACGCGCGAGACAGCGAUCCACAUCGACGCCCCGGCUCGUUCCAUCCCGGGAACGCUAGUCAUGCCAGUCGCGCGACAACGUUACCCCGGGAAUGCGCUUGUGUAAUAAUCGUCGCGUGUGACGUCUAACCUAUACGAUUUCGUUUUUCUAGAGGAACACGAGAGCGAAAGAUCACGGGUGGAAUCGAGUCGCCGCCUCCCUUUCGUUUCGGGAAAAAUGCGAUCGCCACGAAGGUCGACAUCGACAGGCGUCGACGGAAAGUGAAAUUGCCGAAAUUCGAAGCUCUUAUUACGAGGAUCUUAUUGUAUGUAUACACCGCGAGCUCUCUCUAUUUACAAAUCAAACUCGCUCGCAGCGCAUAAAGGUCAGCGAUGUGCGAAGCAACGCGAAUAAUCACGUCCGCUCUAAGCGAAAUUGAACGAUAAACGAGGCGAUUUGUAUGAAAGGGUGAGGAAUUGAUCGCCUCUUUACACGGUAGGAUAACUGACUGAAUUUGCGUUGCCUCAGGAGAUUUUGAUCCAUAGAAAAUUCAGAAAAUCUUUGCUUAUUCCACGCGCUCCGAUCAAGUUUUAUUCGUAUAUUUAAGCAAUAUAUAACAGCGAGGCCGAAAGAAUACUCCACUCCAUCGCAACGGGGACACGUACCAAUGGAUAGCUGAAAUAUUUUUAUAAGACUAUAAGCUCAUAAGAGAGAGAGAGAGAGAGUGCGCAGUACAGAUUACAAUGUUUCAUAUGUAAUAAUUAUGUUUAAGGCGUUACGUAGUUAAUUAUCCAGAUUGUUGCGGCAUAGAAAGGAGAGUACUUUUUAUAACGUGCCAGUCAAUCUUGCGCGAGAGAUUGUACGCUACAUAUUGAGUGCCACAUAUACGAGAGUGGUUCGAGAACAAUCAAUUUAGUGCCAUGUACAGGAGUAUUUGUAUUCGCUGAAAUUAAUAUAUUUGCUAUAUAUCUGCAACAUGAGAUGUACAGAGGAUAAAGCCUGACCCAAAGACUGUUGCGUGUUCCGAUAAUAGUCUGCAGAGCGGAAAAUAUGGAUGAGAGAAGAGUAGCGGAUUAUUUUGUUAUCGCUGGUUUACCCGGUCAAGACAAUGAGUUUAACAAAGAUAAUAAUGACACUAACGAUAAGCUAGAGGAUUGGUGCCAGGAAGGCACUCACCUAAAAGACAUGCAUAUGCCACCUCCUAUCACAGAUCUUGCCGUAAUAUUUCCCGCUCUGGGAGAAUAUUGUCCCGAGGGGUAUACGCUGUUAGAACAAACUGUAUCAGGUUUCCCGGCAGAUUUGAAUCAUGGAAGCUUACGAACAAACGAGUGUUACUUGUGCUACAGAAGAGGACGAGACAAACCUCCCCUGGUUGAUAUUGGUGUAAUAUACGAUGGAAAAGAACGUAUAAUGCAAGAUGCUGAAAUGGUAUUAGAGACUCCUAAAGGCUACGUGGCAAACGUAAAUAAUUCUACUUCAAAAAUUUUUGUAACAUACAGACGAGCGAGUCGAAAGAUGCCUUGCAAUUCUCUUGUCGUUACGGACAUAUGCGUUAUCUUGGCGAAUAAAGGAGAGAGUCCUCCGCAUGCGUUCUGUGUCAUCAAUAAGAAUUUGAACAAAGGAAUGCUAGGCAGCGAUGUAUUUUUGUGCUACAAAAAGUCCAUGAAUCGCGCUAAUUUGAUAUCAUUUAAGCCAGCAAUACUCUAUAAAUAUCCUACAGCUGAUUACAACAGUUUUGUCUUUCCAAAUUCUGUCGCCAUGUUUUGUCUACCGAUGGGUGCGACUAUAGAAUGUUGGCCUAAAGUAGCAUGUAAACCUAAACCAGUAUUCUCGACAUUUGUCUUAACAGGCGAUGCUGCUCAAAAAAUGUAUGGUUCAGCGAUAACGUUUUACGAAGAACUCCAACUGGAAUCGGACAUUCCAAACUGUAAAAAUAAUCAAGAAAUCAUGGAUACAGUCGAGAAUAAUAAAAAUAAUGCGGAUAAUAUAGAAAUGAUAACCAAAAAUAAGUCGCAAAUGAAAAUAAAAUUGUUCAAAAGAUCUGGUAUACUUAAGAAACUCAGUAUAUUGCAAUUGGAAAAGUUGCAAUACACGGAUCCCGCGAGUCAAUCACUGAAUAUUAGUAAAUCUAUAUGUAUAUUGUCUCAUUGGCCAUUUUUUGACACGUUCGAAAAGUUUCUAGUUUUCCUACAUGGCAUGGUAAACGGUGAGCCGCAAAGUGUCCCGAUUGAAAAGUACAUUUCAUAUUUUUUGUGCGACAUACCAUUCCCGAGUCCGCAGCGACCGAGAAUCUUGGUACAGCUCAGUAGCCGAAACAGAUUGAUUUUGACGCAACCGGAGGAUUCGGCUCUACCUAGAUCAGGUGCAAGUUUCAAGCAAUUACUGAUAAACUUGGGACCUGACAAUUGUUUACUGAUACUAUUAUUAAUAUUAACCGAGCAAAAGAUACUUGUUCACUCCUUACGUCCAGAUGUACUUACUUCAGUGAGCGAAGCUAUUGCUAUGAUUCUAUUUCCUUUCAAAUGGCAAUGUCCGUAUAUACCGCUAUGUCCUCUAGGAUUAGCAGAGGUAUUACAUGCACCAUUACCAUUUCUGAUUGGAGUAGAUUCGAGAUUCUUUGAUUUAUAUGAUCCUCCUUCUGAUGUCAACUGUGUAAACUUGGAUACUAAUAAUAUAGCAAUAUGCGAAGAUAAAAAGUAUUUAAAUAUAAAAUUAUUACCUAAAAAAGCAGCUAGACAACUCAGAAAUUGGUUGGAGAUUUUGUCUUCGAAAAUAAUCUCGUGGGGAAAAACUAACUCUUCUCAAAAAGAUAGAGGAGAUGAAGAUUUCAGCGUGGACAGAGAGUUUCAACAAAAACGGAAAGAGCAAGCUUUAGAACUCGAAAUACAAGAUGCUUUCUUAAGAUUUAUGGCGACAAUUCUCAAAGGAUAUCGAAGUUAUUUGGUACCAAUUACAAAAGCACCUACUGUAGGAACAACAGAUUCGACAAGUUUAUUUAAUUUCCAAGCAUUUUUGAGAACUCGCGAUAAAGCCCACGCUAAAUUCUACUCUAUGCUUGUCAAAACGCAAAUAUUUGCCAGAUUUAUAGAAGAAAGAAGUUUUGUAUCAGAUAUGGAUAUGGCAGGGUUAGCAUUUUUUGAUGAAUGUACAGAACGAAUUGAAGAAGAAAAUGUAAUUCUUCUGGAGCUCGAUGAAUCUCAACAUAGUGAACGUACAGUAUUUAUACCUCCACCUGAAGCAGGAACAAAUCAAACACCAAUAACAUAUAAAUUGUUCAAAUUAAAUCCGGAUCUAAUGAGGCCUCAGAAGAAUUUUUGUUUGAAAAAUCCAUCUUUAAGUGCCUUUGGAAUGGUACCUGGGAGUCCUAUGGCUCGUAGAACAAAGCAUGAAAUCAAAGUUGCUCAAAGGAUGGCUAGAAAACAAGCCGCGAUGCCCGACAGAUGGGGUAGAUGUCUGCUCGGUACAUGUUAUAGUCUUUGGUUCUUACAUUUACCGGCCAUGCUGCAAGUCUCUAAUCAACCCGCUGCAAUUUUGCAUCAGGCUUAUGAAUUAUUAGUCAAAAUGCAAAAGUUACGUCUCGAUCCUAUGGAAGAGGUAUGUUAUAGAGCUAUGAUGCAACUUUGUGGCGUAUACGGUCAACCAGUUUUAGCUGUAAAGUUAUUAUUCCAUAUGAAACGCAGCGGCGUGCAACCUAACGCUUUAACAUACGGAUUUUACAAUAAGGCUGUUCUCGAAGCAACUUGGCCUUCUGAUAUGACAAACUCGAGUCAACUGAUGUGGAACAAGUUGCGAAAUGUUAUUGUUGGUGCAGCAUUAUUUAAAAAGGCUGGGAAGAAGAGCGCUAGAAGGCGAUUGAGUUCAAAUGCGGAUUUUUUAACCGCCGAUAAGACUGAAGGCAUGGAGCAUGCUCUUUCUCGGUCUAGUCUCGACAGUUCUCAUUCUCAAGAUACUGAAGCUGCACAUAGUGAUUCUACUAAAGGCAGUUCUGUAUCAGAUCUACAUGGAUUCGGAUCACUCGAACUGAAAGCUAAACUUCUCCGGCAAAAUAGUAUAGUGAAAGAUCAAACGACAUUGAGUAUGUUACAAUCGGACGAAUUGGAGCGGGCACCUAGUAAUCCAAGGCUAACGCGCAGUGUUGAAUCACCAUUAAAAAGUCCCGUGCGCACACCAGUUACGGAAAAUGACCCAUUGGGUGCUCUCAUUAAUGACGAAACACCGAUUGUGUCACCUUCCGAGGAGAAUGAUUCAAAUUGCUCAACAAGUACUUUAACUGUUUUAAAUAAUACGACUGAAGAGAGACCAGGAGGGCCGCUUUUAUUUAGAAGCAACAUUCUCCCACGUAGUGCAACUUUUCAUCAAGCGGUAGAUGAAAGUGGCAUGACAGUAGGUGGACAUUUACAGAGGAGCGAGACAAUGCCUCAUUCGGUGGCACAACAAGGGGAACAGGAGAGAGAAAAGGAGAGACUAGAAAUAAGCAGUCUUUGGUCUCAAAAUAAGGAUAGUGUAACAUCCAGCCUCUCUAGCUUAGGAUCUAGUCUUAAACUUAGUUUCGGCCCAUCAAGUUUGACAGGAAAGAAGUCGAACGAAAUAAUACUUGGCGGCCUGAAUAGCUUGAAAUCUGCUGCAACAACUGUUGUUAAAAAAUUUGACGAGAUAAAAGAAGCCAUUUCGGCAACGAGUACACCGGUAAAAAAUAAGGAACGUGAACAAAAAAUAGCUUACGGAAUAUCGCACGAGUCUUUAGAUUCUCUUACUGAUGGAUCUUUACAAGAUCGAAAUGAAACUUCCACGAGAGCACCAGGUGAUGGAAAUUUAGAUUUAUGCUCGUUAUAUGAACUCACAGAGUGUCUGUAUCCAAAAGGCACUAGAGAGUUGGAGGAACGUCUUGCCAUUGAGCUUGUGCUUUCCAGUGCAAGUAGAUGUCAUCAUUGCACCGCUAUCUUGUACGACGAAGAGAUAAUGGCUGGUUGGCAGCCGGAAGAUUCCAAUUUAAAUACAGUCUGUCAGUAUUGCGAUAAGGCUACCGUACCUCUUCUCACCGUUACGAUAUUAGAUUACAGAUGUGAAGCGAGCGAAAAAAACAACGACCCUUUAAUGGGAGCAUUGGUAGAAUUACUAGACCAACCGAAGGAAUCUUUGGAACCAAUAACAGUACCAUAUCUAAACCCAUUAGUUCUGAGAAAAGAAUUAGAGAGCGUAUUAAGUCAAGAGGGGGAUGCCUGUCUCACCAAGCAUGGGUUUAUUCAGGAACACCCGAUAGUAUAUUGGAAUUUGAUCUGGUAUUUCGAAAGGAUUAAUUUAACAAGUCAUCUACCUGAUCUCUGGUUGAAUAACGAUAAAAAUUCAGAACUUCAAAGAACUGCAGGAUUGGUGGGCGUCAGAACAAUGUGGGAUAAUGAACGAUUACAUAUGGAUCGUUUGCCUAUGUAUCUCCAAUGGAAAUUAAAUUCUACAGAGGAUAGGACAUUGAUGCAGGCAGUGAUAACAUAUGUUCGUUGCAACGAUUUAGCAGAACCUAUAAUAAGAGUGGCCUUAGAAAGAAGUAAACAUCAAAUAGGCGAUCAUCCAUUUUCCAUAUAUAGGGAUAUUCUGUUUUUGGCAUUUAUUGUAUUGGGCAGGACGAAUAUUGACCAAGGCGUCUUCGAUAGAGAAUACAGUUUGUCGCUAGAAAAAUUCUCCGAAAACGAGGAGAAAUUAUUGCAUAAAAUUGACGCUCCACCAACAAUGAUGUCAGUAUAUUGCAGGCAUUAUUUUAAACAAUUAAAUGUUUGAGAAACGUAAGCGGCCGUGAAUAAUUCUGAUGAAAACUUAUUCCCUUCGAAGCAUUGGAGAAAGAGGAUGCGAUAUUGCGCGAAUGAUAAAUGCUCGCAAGUACGAGCUCUAUAGGCUUUAUUUUCAAAACGGCGUACAUGCGGGGAAUAAAUUACAUUACACAAAGGAUGAUAUUCAAAGCAAUCGCAUAUUAAAAUGUGUUUCAUCGUGUAUCGAAAUGUCUGACAUAAUGCAUCAUUGAUGUCUCUUCAACACGUUGAACGUUCAUCUAACGCGAAAGAUGUUAAUGUUAUCAAUGACGAUUUACGCUCGAGCUACAACGCCAGUUUUUUUAAUGCGCCAAUUACGAUCGACAUCGUCGAGUAACGUAGAUUUGCAAACCAACUCGUCUUUUUUUUCUUCACGAGACUGUUUACUUACUGACAUCUGAUAUUUCUCUUUACUUGCGCAAAAAUAUAAACGAGUCAUUUCAAAUUCGGACUUGUCGAAUUUUCCUUUGGCCACACACGCACAUGAUAGAACUGAUAGAUGAACUGAUAGCUAUCGAAUCGAUUGCAACACUGUUUCGCGCUAAUCGUGAUUAACUAAAUUUUUUUCUUACUCAUAUCGCGGCGAGAAGGGCUGUGAUCUAGAAAGAUGUGGAGAAUUACUGAUCGUAAUUGGCCGCUAGUCGGAGUUAUCGAAACGAUCGAUCUCGAGAUCAGGUCAGUGCAAUAUCAAGUGUUGAAUGAUAAUAACGAUUUUUAACUAAUCGUACAUCUCUGGAUCUUCAUAUGUUUAUAACGUAAUUGUUUUUAAUGGUUAUCGACCUUUUUUUUUUUUUAAUAAAUUCGAUCGUGUAUGUCUGAUUUCUGAUUCAGUAAUUCGCGCAGCGCAUCAACAGUAUCUAAGAGUACAAUGUUAAAAAGUAUUAAGUACCAAAGAAGUUAUACGGAUUGUAAAGCGAUUGCAACUUCAAUUGCAACUUGUAAAUUCCCUCCAGGUGUGCUGUGACCUUAAAUACGUUUCAGUCCGUCGCGUAAUGUAAAAAGAAAAAAAAGCUGUCAAAUGUGGAUAUUAAAAACAAGGCAGCGUCUAAUAUACCUACUAUUUUUUUUACCAUAAAAAGAGCGAGAGAAGGAAAAAAGCGACGGUAAUAUAUCGCGUAACAUGACGGAACGCAGUAUUCUUUCCUUGUACUCUUAGAUAGAAAAUUGUUUAUUGCACGACGAACACACACAAUAUAAGUAUCGUUUCUCUACUCGUCCUAGGUGAAAAGUGUUCUUCAUAAAGGCAUGAUUAAACUUGAUCGCUUAUCCUCAAAGUAAAUACUUAAUGUGUGUGAGAGUGAAUAUUUUUAUGAAUUUUAGACAUUUAAAGCAUUUGUAAUAGUUUAGCAAAUUUAGUUAGAUAAUGUUCUAUUCACAAUUUAUUCGAAACGAAACGAUGAGAUUAUUCGUCGCGAGGAGACUCACGAACGCUACUUUUCAUAAUGUUGUGCACUUUUCAUCCUGGACAUUGCGGAUGAAUGUAUGUUCAUUCAUUUCAAUAUUAUGAAUGUAGAUUACAAGAAUAAAAUCAGUUGAGGUAUUUUACAAAAA